CAAACUUGCCUAAACUUCACAGUCCCUGAAGGAGAGGAGGUGGAAACUACAAACAACCAUGGCUGCACUAACCCUGUUGCUCCUGUCGGGACCGCUGUUUCUCUGCAGCCGAGUAGAGGCUCAGACCGCCAGCAUCGAGGCGCUCAAACAGGCCGCUCUCAAGUGGGAAGGUCCGCUGACCUGUAAGAAGUGGGACUGCGACUGUACUUUCAACCGCCAGCGUGGGUGCUGCUGUGGAGCCAAUGAAAUGUACCGGAUUGAAGAAGAGACCUUCAGAAGACUCGGUCUUUUGUGGCACCAAAUCAUGACACUGAACCACAGAGUUCAGGCAUUGACAGACGACCUCAAGGUGGCGUUCAUGGCCUCCAUGGAUCCAAGUGUGGCCGUUUCGACCCCUGGAUCUAGUGAGCGCUGCUUUGGGCCCUUCAACACUAAUGUGCCGAUCCCCUACUCAUCCGUGACCCUCAACGCUGCCAACGGAUACAACCCCUCAUUGGGUGUGUUCACUGCUCCGUUUCCUGGCAUUUAUGUGUUUUCAUUCACAGUCUACUCCUCUGUGGACAGCAAUGGGCGCCUCUACCAUAAAGUGGGGCUGAUGAAAAACGGAGUGCUGGCGGUCAGUGUGUGGGAGAACAACAGAGAGGAUAGUGAAGACAGCGCCUCUCAGAUCGUGACACUGGAUAUGCAGCGUGGGGAUCAAGUCUACCUGGAGCUGUUGUCUGGGAGGAAGCUCUGCACAAGUCUGCAACACAACAUAUUUACUGGUUACAUUGUUUACCCCGACACCGCGGAGUGAGACGUCAGCCGGACACCCAGACUUGUUUCACCUUCGGUAAAUCAAUCUGCACAAAGCAAAAACACAAACUUCUUCACAAGUCCUCCCAGAUGUAGGUCUGUGAUCUGCUGUCAAACAUGUCCUUUAGAUGACGAGCCCCGGCAGCAGGUACGAGAAAGAUAUAGUUUGUAUGUUGUACACUUAUGAUCAUAUACAGCGAGAUUUAUAUUUUGUGUAUUUCAUGAUAACAGAAAGUCCUGUUUGACUGGAAAAAGCUUGUAAAUGAAUGACCUCAACUACACUGAG